AAAUCAUUAAUCUUGCGUUUUUUUCUCAAAAUUCUCAAUGCAGAGUGCUGCGCCGCUUCUUGAACGAUGAGGCUGCUUCGACUGUUCUUUCCGAGGCCAUCCAGCAAGGCUUGAGUGAAAUUAAUUUGACAGAAUCGUUUGCAAACCUUCUAUCUAGUGAUGAAAAUCCGAUUGAAUCGCUUCAGAAAGUCUCACAGGUGCAUCGUUCUGAUGCUUCCAUGGCUGGUCUUAACACCAUUUCUCAACAGUUGAAAGCCAAGAUCAUACAAGAUCUAGUAGAUCCAUUCCGAUCAGCUCUGCUAUCCUACAUUUUGUCGAAAAUCAACGCACUGGAUCUGAACAGUGGAUCAUUUCGAGCACGUGUGGAAUCCUUGAAAACAGCGAUAGCCGAACUACUACAUCUCCUCACGGAUGUGUUUGUCCACAGUGAAGCUUUGUUCGGGCAUGACGUGAAGAAUGUGGUGCAACAACCAAUUGAUAAAGGUCUAGAGAAUUUUCUGGCGAAGCUGAAAUCAUGGGAAUACUGGCUAGACAGUCAACGUCGACCGCGUUCGUUGGAAGACAUCAUUACAGUAUGUUCAGCAUCUGGACAACUUGUAUACGGGUUACAAGAGUUCAAAGCAAUGGUGACGAAUGUAGAGCCAUCUGGACAGCUUGUAUACGGCUUGCAAGAGUUCAAAGCAAUGGUGACGAAUGUGGAGCCAUCAUUGUCCCCCAACAUCAAAUCAGCUUUGAAGUGGAACAGAGGUGUCUGUGACAACGUGACCAAGACUGCAAAUGACAAAGUGGUGCUGAAGAUGAAGGCGAAAAUGGAGGAAAUUGUA